GUGAGUUGUUUUGACUCAUUUUUCUCGUUCUAAACAAACCAGAUAUCAACAAAACUAACAUCGACAAUCUUCACCUCCUUUCAUUUCUGUGAUGCCAAUUUCUCCCUCGGACCAUCGGAUAAUAGCAAUUCCGAUGGUCCUCGACCUUCCCCCAUCCUUUUCAGCCUGCUCCCCCCAUGAACUUUAUAUCUCUUCAAUUCCUUUGUUUGAUCAAAUCAAUCCCCUAAAGUACUCCAUCUCCACUGUUGCUUCUGAAAAGGGGAAGAUAGUGAAGAACCAUCGGAUUUGAGAUUAUAAUCCCGUUAAUCCGAUGGGUCCGAGCUUGUGCCUCCCAAACCAUACUUUCUUUCCCUUUCACAUCAAUUUGAAAAAGGGGCGUAAAUUUCAGCCUUUAUUUCCUGCAGUUGAGAGUCUCAAGAAUUCAGGCUUCACUUGGCCAACCGUUGAGCCCCUCAAUUUGGCUAUAAAAGAGCCCCUCAAGAAGGACCAAGCAAGAAGCAUCAACUAUCAAAAAGUAGUUUGUAUUACUAUUUCCAUCUCGUCUUUUCGCUCUCUUUUUGAAAUCAAAGUCCGAGUCCGAGUUUGGAUCUUCGACGGAAAGCCUUAGUUCGUUGCUCCACGAAAGUCUCCGCCAGCUGCUCUGAGUUCCGCCGGUUGCCGCUAAUCGUUUGUCUUCCUCGUCGUCCGCUUAUAUGUGAGCUGCAAUCUGUUCAUGGAAACUCCUCAGAAAAGCCGAAUUUCACGUAAUACAGAAACCGGGUUGGAUUUGUUGAACAUGUUGCCGGCGUACUCGUAUUCAGCUUUGCCGGAGGAGCUAUGGAGACGAAUAUUUGAAAUCGGAAUUGAAUCCUCAAACUUCAACUACAAAGAUCUUUGUUGUCUCUCUAUUACCUGCAAGCUACUCAAUCGACUCUCCCACGAUGAUUCUCUGUGGUCCUCUUUGUUCUCUGCUGAUUUCCCACAAUAUCAUAUUAACCAACUUCCUUCAUCUUCUUCUUCGAUUUCCAACAAAUCGCUCUACAAAAUUAGAUACGAAAAAGUUCGAGAACAGAAGCUUUUGGCUCAUAGAAGGGCUGUUUUAAGAAUUCAGAGCGAAAUUAAUGAGCAUUCUAGGAGGAUUGGGGCGAUGGAACAUCAAUGUGCAGAGGAAAAAGAAAAAAUGAAGAACGCUGUUUCUGAGAUGGUAAAUUUGCGUCAGAUCAGGCAAGCCAAAGUUGCACUAAAUGUUUGGCAGCCGGAGAUUGUCCGGGGUAAGCAGAAGCAGAUGGUUGAGCAAUGCAACAUACCUAUUGAUGAUCGUAUCCGUGCCAUUGAGAUGGAGCUCAAGCUUUGCAAACAGCAACUUCAAGGUUUAGAGAAUGCUCUUAGAGUUGAAAAAAAGAGGAUGCAGACAACAAAGGAAAAGCUGGCUUCAGUACAAUAUCACCCCUUGCGGGAAUUUAACUUAACUGUCAGCCCGAUUGAUGAACAUGACAUGAGAAGGAAAAGAUUUAAGAACACCGAGUUGAUCCACCACCGAAUUGGAUGUUUUAUUCAUGGUCGAGGAAGCUUCACAUUGGUUCAAAUGGGCGACAUUGAUAAUAUUCAGCCUAUUUGCAUCUCCAUCCAAGCUCCAUGUUAGGAACCAAUAUUGCAGUUGCUGUAUUCCUGUUGAUUAUUGAAAAUAUAGCAGAAUAUGGGAGAGCCAAGGGUGUGCAAAAAUCUGGACAGUGUUCGCUUGUCUUUAUGCUUGUUUGGUUCCAAGAACCACGGAGUCGGUAUCCGUUGGGGAAAGCGUGUCAACAAAAUGGAGGAUUAUUCCUCGGAGUCCCAAAAAAAGAGCAAAAUGAAUGUUGUGCAAUAGUAGGAACUCUAUGGCUACGUUGAAUAUCAGUUGGACGUGUGGGUCGACAAAUCUUACUUUGGUGUCUCGCACAACUGACACUAGUUAUAUGAUUCGACGAUGCCUCACACAAUUGGUGAGAUUGCAUUUGUGUUUCUAAAAUAUUUUGGGUUCACAAUUUCCACUUGUCUAACCCAGGCAACUAUUUGAGUCCAAGUUGUGUCAAUUGUAUGGUAGCGCAUAAGAAAAUUUUUUGAUAAAUUUUAUUCAUGUGUCGGUAAAGAUGCAUGUUUAAAUGUAUGGAUCUGGUAUACUGGGGAUCAGUUGGAUCAAUUCCUGCUUUGCCUUACUGAGA